GUGCGUCGACGUCGACGAGGCCGACGACAUGCUUCCCGAUAAGAAAGUCAAAGUGGGCGUGCUGGGCGCGACCGGGAUGGUCGGCCAGCGCUUCAUCGCUCUCCUCGCCGUGCACCCGUUCUUCGUGAUUCAUGCCCUUGGUGCCUCCUCAAGAUCGGCCGGAAAGCAAUAUGCUCGGGCUGUCAACUGGAAGCAGACUACGCCCAUACCUUCAGCCGUGCGCGAAAUGGUUGUCCAAGAAUGCAAAGCUGAACACUUUGCCGAAUGCGCGGUGAUCUUUUCUGGCUUGGACUCGGACGUUGCGGGAGACAUCGAGGCCGCCUUCCGCGCUGCUGAGCUCGCAGUGUUCUCCAACUCGAAGAACUUCCGUCGCGACCCACAUGUGCCGCUCAUCGUCCCCCUCGUCAAUCCCUCUCACCUGUCGAUGAUCCAACAACAGCGUGCCUUGCACGCGCCGGCGCUCAAGCGGGGGUUCAUCCUCACGAACGCCAACUGCUCUACGACCGGCUUCGUCAUUCCCCUUGCAGCGCUCGAAAAGGCCUUCGGGCCCAUCGAGUCAUGCAUGAUCACGACCAUGCAGGCUAUCUCCGGCGCUGGCUACCCUGGCGUCUCCGGAAUGGAUAUAGUGGACAAUGUCGUCCCAUACAUUUCCGGAGAGGAAGAGAAGAUAGAAUGGGAGACCCUCAAGAUCCUUGGCGGCAUAGCGGAGGCAGACGAUGAAAGCGGCCUCAAAUCGUUCGACAUGCACUCCCGCCAUCCUCUUCGCGUCUCGGCGUCUUGCAAUCGCGUUCCGGUCGUUGAUGGCCACACGGAAUGUGUCUCUGUGCGUUUCGCGCGUCGACCCCCGCCGAGCCCACAGCAGGUCCGGGAGGCGCUCUCCGCUUACACGACGGAAGCCCAGGCCUUAGGUUGCCCGUCGGCACCGAGGAGAACAAUUUUUGUCCACGAGGAGCCGGAUAGACCUCAGCCUCGCUUGGACCGCGAUUACCAGCAAGGUUCGAGCGUUAUGGUAGGCCGCGUGAGGCAAUGCCGUGUCCUGGACAUCAAGUUCGUUGUCCUGGCGAACAACGUUUGCAUUGGGGCAGCCACUAGCAGUAUUAUUAACGCCGAGCUGGCGAUAGUGAAAGGCAUUGUUCAGGUUUAGACUUUCCAUUCUAUGAAACAAACAUACACGUACAAUCAGCGCGCGCGAAUUGUCGGACGUUGCGCGAAUUGGAUACUUACACAUGGCGCUACGGGACCCCAGCAUGACCUUCGUGAUUACUGAUUGAGAUGUUAUGCCUUUUUCUCUUCCUACCACCUAUCUUAUGUCGAUCACCUUCGGCCGCCAUCUCAUCCUCCCAGCCUUCAGGGAUCAUCCCUUCCGUCAACUUGAUUAUAUGUGUUUGUAGUAACAAUCCGAUUGCCACCAGCGACGAGCCAUCUAGGCGCCUAUACAUAUCUCGCCUGACCACCGCGUCUCGCUGCGGCGCAUUGUCAGCCCCUACGCCUUCCGCCUUUUCAUCCGGAAGUUCAUCUUCCGUUUCAUCUUCUGCAUCGGAAAAUUCUCGUGCAGAGUCCUGGUCGCUUGGACUCGCGAUGGAACUGCUGUUGUCAUCGUCGCCGUCGGAUAUAGAUCGUGCUUUCUGAACAGACACCUCUGAUAUAUUGUGCGAUUGGCGACUUCGUCUGGAGCGGCCAGACAGCUGACCCUGCAUCGCGUAAUGACGGGAUGCAAGAUGCAGUAUGCAUUUGAGUAAAUCCGACGAAGGCAUAAUGUCGGGGCGAACAAAGUGGUGCUCCGCUGUGGCGUUCACGAAGGGGGGAACGGGGUUGACUUUACGUCGCUUGCUCGUCGUGCGCUCGGGUGAUGAGAGACCCUCGGAGACGACUGUAUCGUCCGACCGGGGUAAGUGUCGCCAUCCAGUUCCAUGAUAGGCGG